UUUUUUUGCACUUUGCGGAACAAAAACAAACUACGUGUGUAGCUGAACGACCGCAGGUUCGAAUCGCGUACUAGUAUCAACAUUUUGUACUAAACACAAUGGCAAACGUAACAAAAUCCGACCAGGACGACACAUUAAAUGAGUCCUGGGUUGAGUUGAAUUAUGGAUCUCAAAAUGACCCAAGCCUAUCACAGAGUAGUGGCAGCAGUCAUGGCGUGCCAUUGUCAAUCUAUAACGGUAAUAUGGAAAAACUUUUGAUGGAAGCACAGAGGGAAUCGUCCAGGUCAACGUCAAGAGGAAGUUCACAAGGUGGCAGCCCUAAAGCUCCUAAUAGUCCUAUUGGUUCAAGUGCAGGGUCAACUAGUGGAUCUAUAAAUGGAUCUUCAUUAAAUCAUCAAGAACGCCCUCAAAUACAGCUUGGUAUAGCACAAGGCUUGGCAGAUGCUUCAAGUAGAGGUGAAUGGAUAUGGGAUUGGUCAAGCAGACCUGAAACACAACCACCUAAAGAAUUCAAGUUUAAACACCCAGAACGAAAGUCUCUGAGCAUGCGUAAAAGUAAAGCCAUGAAGAGUGGAAUAUUUUCUACAGAGUUUCUUAGCGUUUUCAUCCCAUCUCUUAUCUUAACCCAUCUAUUAACCCUAGGAGUAGGCAUUUACAUAGGAGCUCGCCUGGCUUCCAACAAAACAGCUUAACUUGAACAAUGCAGCUGAUGUAGUCUCUUUAUCAAGGGCUACCAUCAAUUUAAAGACGACAAGCCUUCAGCCAUAUAUGCUUAUCCUUUUC